UGUGAGGAGGAGCCGUCGCCGCCUGCUCACGGCUGCCGCCGCUCCGCCUCCUCCUGCUGCCGCCGCCGCUGCUGCCCUUCCUCCUUCCCUCGCUUCCCCUUUCCUGACAAGCCGCCGGCCGGGCUCCUGCUUCCCCCUCAGAUUUAUUCUUAUAGGCAGUAGUGAACAAAAGCACAAUGGAAUUCUACGAGUCGACCUAUUUCAUUGUCCUCGUCCCCUCUGUCGUGAUUGCUGUCAUCUUCCUCUUCUUCUGGCUUUUUAUGAAGGAAACUCUGUACGAUGAAGUCCUCGCCAAACAAAAGAGGGACCAAAAGUUUCCACCUGCUAAGGCUGAUAAAAAGAAGGCAGAGAAGAAGAAGAGCAAGAAGAAGGAGGCUCAGAAUGGGAACCUCCACGAGUCUGACUCGGAGGCCGCCUCUCGAGACUUCAAGCUAUCUGAUGCUUUGGGGGCAGAAGAGGAGCAUCUCUCUCCUGCCCCUUUGGGUGUGACAGAGGCCCCCAGUGGCCUCCGAGAGAGGAAGAAGAAGGAGAAGAAACGCAAAGGUAGCCCAGAGGAGCAGGCGCCCAAAGACCCGGACAGCACCAAGUCUGGAGGGAAGAAAGUGGAGUCAGUACCUGUGACGAAACAGCCCACCCCACCGUCCGAUGGAGCUGGAUCAAAGAAGAAGGCGGCACAAAAGAAGCAGAAGAAUGGAAUAGAUGACCAGGAUGCCAAGACUGAUUCAGUUCUAUCCCCGACUAAAAAGCAGGACCCUCUCCUAUUGCAUCAUGAGAUAAAACAAGAAAGUGUAUCAGGCAAGAAGAAAGUUUCUGCAAAGAAACAAAAGACAGAUAAUGCCAUGACAUUGGUAGACGAGCCUUUGAUUCAUGCAACGACUUAUAUCCCUUUGAUGGAUAAUGCUGACCAGAACUUGGCAGGGGAAAAGAGAGAAGCGGCUGACUUGGUGAAACAAGAUGGGAUUGAAGCGCUGCAGAAAAGCAACUCCAAGAAGCUGAAGAAUGAAACCGACAAAGAAAACGCCGAGGUAAAAUUUAAGGACUUUCUCUUGGCUAUGAAGAAUAUGAUCUUCACAGAAGAGGAGGCCUUGAGUGUGGUGGAGCUGCUGAAGGAGAAAUCGAAUGUGAUCCAGGAUGUUCUGCAGAAAGCUAGUAAGGGUGACUCGGCAGCAGCCCUGCAUCAGCUUCAAGAAAAGGACAAACUGCUUGCUGCUGUGAAAGAAGAAGCUGCCACUGCAAAGGAGCAGUGCAAACAGCUCUCACAGGAGCUAGUUUCAGAGAAGGAAAGAAGCAGCUUAGUGGCAGCAAAGCUGAGAGAAAAAAUUGGCACCCUGGAAAAGGACCAUGGAGUCUUUCAAAACAAGAUCCAUGUAGGCUACCAAGAAAACCAGCAGAUGAAGAUGAAGUUUCAGCAAGUUCGUGAGCAGAUGGAGGCGGAGAUUAAUCGCCUGAAGCAAGAGAAUGGUAUCUUGAGAGACGCUGUCAGUACUUCCACCAACCAAAUGGAAAGCAAACAGUCGUCAGAGCUCAACAAAUUGCGCCAAGAUUGUGCUAGGCUUGUGAAUGAGUUGACGGAAAAGAACAACAAAUUGCAGCAGGAGGAACUCCUUAAGAAGAAUACAGAACAAGCUGUCAAUCAACUAAAGGCGCAACUGCAGGAAGCUGAGCGAAGAUGGGAGGAAAUGCAGAGCUAUCUCAGGAAACGAACGACAGAACAUGAGGCAGCCCAGCAAGAUGUGCAGAGCAAGAUUGUGGCUAAGGACAAUGAGAUCCAGAGUCUGCACAGCAAGCUCACCGAUACGAUGGUAUCAAAGCAACAGCUGGAGCAAAGGAUGAUACAGUUAAUGGACGCAGAACAAAAGAGGGUGACGGCGGAGGAUUCAAUACAGAGGCAGCUUCAGGAGCUGAUGGAACAGAACGAGGCUUUAAAAGCUCAGCUUCAGAAGUUCCAUUCCCAGAUAGCAGUCCAGAGUUCAGCAUCAGCCCUUGCAGAAGAAUUGCACAAAGUGAUUGCAGAAAAAGAUAAACAGAUAAGCCAGGCUGAGGACUCGUUAGCCAACGAACGCAUCAAGCUAACCAGCAAGGAGGAGGAUCUCAUGGUUGUACAGAACAUGAACAUGUCCCUCAAAGCAGAAGUGCAGAAGUUGCAGGCGCUCACCAACGAGCAGGCCGCUGCUGCGCAUGAGCUGGAAAGGAUGCAGAAAAGUACUCAGGUCAGAGAUGAAAAAAUCAGAGCGCUGGAGGAGCAGCUUCAGGGACACCAUGCCAAAGCUUCAAGUGCAAAAGAGGAACUUCAGGUUCUAAAGGAUCAAAACAAAGCGCUGCAGUUGGAAGUUCAGAAGCUGCAGGCUCUCUUGUCUGAGCAGACUAAUAAGGAUUUGUUGGAGCAAAUGGAAAGAAGCAUGACAGACAAGGAUGACAAAAUAAAGACGGUUGAGGAACUCCUUGAAGCUGGACUCAUAGAGAUGGCAAAUAAAGAAGACGAGCUAAAGGCACUGAGAACAGAGAACGCAUCCUUGAAAAGUGAAGUUGAAAAUCUGCAGAGGGUACAAACAGAGCAGGUUUCCUUUGCAACGUUGGUGGAAGAAUUACAAAAAGUAAUUAGUGAGAAGGAUGGGAAAAUCAAGUCUGUGGAGGAACUGCUUCAGGCUGAGGUCCUUAAAGUUGCCACCAAGGAAAAAACUGUCCAGGGUUUGGCACAGGAAAUAGAGGCCCUGAAAGAAGAAAUAGGAAAGGCCCAGCUUGGAAAGGACACACAGAUAUCAGCUGCCCAGGAAGUCAGAGAUCUUCAGAAUCUAUUGAAGAGGAAAGAGGAGCAGGUGACAAGUAUGGAGGUGUCGUUGAGAGAAAAGGAGAGUGAGAUUGCCAAGAAAGGAGAAUGGCUUCAGGGACAACAGGAUACGCUGCAGCACUUGAACAACAAAGUCAAGGAACUCGAGCAGCUGAACUCUCAGCAGGUUUCUGCUUCUUCGUCAAUCAAGGACCUCGAGGCUUUACUGAAAACGAAGCAAGAAGAAAUGCAAAAGAUGGAGAUCUUACUAGAUGAGAGGGGGAAAGAAGUCUCUCACCAAAGGAAAGAGUUGCAGGUUGUACAGGAGGAGAAUCGGUUACUAAGAGCACAGAUUCAGGAAAUAAAGCAGGAAAAUGGUGAACAGGAAUCUCUGGCCAUCAGGAAUGAACAGCUUCUACAGCUCAUCACAGGGAAAGAGGGUGAGAUCACCAGCCUCCAGAAGGAGCUGGGCUCCUUGAAACAUGCGGUGGAGCAGCAGAGGCAAAAGAACAAUGACCUUCGAGAGAAAAACUGGAAAGCAAUGGAAGCAUUGGCCUCAACUGAAAAAUUGCUGCAGGACAAAGUGAACAAGACUGCUAAGGAUGCAAGAGCCAAAGGGAAUAAUGGACAGAACAUACAUGCAUAUCCAUCAUCUGAUGACUUGGAACACCUGAAGGAGAAGCAGCAGUAUGUGGAGGUUGUUGAAGCGGAGACAAGAAGCACACUGCAGAAGCUGUUCCCCAUAGUGUCUCUUCCUUCCACCUUGAGCCACAGUGACUGGAUGUGUGGGUUUGAAAACGCAGUAAGAGAACAUACAAAAAAUACAUCUCGACCAGAGGAAAUUAAGGCCAUGGAGCAGAAGUUGAAGGAGGCAGAGGAGAUGCAUGUCAUGUUGCAGCAGGAGUGUGAGAAGUAUAAAGUGGUCCUUGCCGAGACGGAGGGGAUCUUGCAGAGACUACAGAGGAGUGUGGAAGAGGAGGAGAGCAAAUGGAAAAUAAAAACCGAAGAAUCGCAGAAGGAACUUCAACAGAUGCGCUCAUCGGUCGCUCCUUUGGAGCAGGCGGUAGAAAGAUUAAAGGAGGAAGUCAAAGAAGUUGACUCUCUUAAAAAGGAACGAGAACAUCUGGAACAUGAACUGGAGAAGGCAGAAAUAGAGCGAUCGACGUACGUUUCAGAAGUCCGGGAGCUCAAAGAUCUGUUGACUGAAUUGCAGAAAAAACUUGAUGACUCAUAUUCUGAAGCAGUAAGGCAGAAUGAAGAGUUAAAUUUGCUGAAAACCCAGUUGAACGAGACUUUAUCCAAACUCAAAACUGAUCAGAGCGAGAGGCAGAAACUAGCAGUUGACUUGCCUAAGGCCCAGGAAUCGCUCGUUACUCUAGAAAGGGAAAUAGGAAAAGCCGCAGGGGACACCAAUGUGAUUGAGAACAGUGACGUCUCGGCAGGGCCCGAUAAAAGCCUCAACGUAGCCAUGAGUCUGAGCCAGGAUGUUGCCCAUCUCAAGAAACUGCUUGCGUCAGUCAGCCAACUGCUUGCGAAAGGAAAAGAACACUACCAGCUACUAGAAUGAAAUCAUGGGGAGACCGUUAAUUUGGGGGUAGCAGAAGGCACUGUAUUUUAUAUUUUGCCAAAUUAAAGCCUUAUUUAUGUGUUCACAACCCUUUCUACUUCGUCAAACACUGAACAGAGUUUUGUCUUUUCUACUCCUUGUUAGACUACUGAUUUAAACAAGAUGAUGAAGAAGAAGACUCUGCAGACACCUCCAGAGUUUAGUUUUAUAAUAAAUAAAUAAAUAAACAAAACAGUUUGGAUAAAUUAGAGCUUUACAUUCCUGGAGCCUACAGUGAACGUAUAACCUCUUGUCUUUACUAUGCUCAGUAAACUUGUUCAGACACACCCACCUGACGUGGUAACAGCAGCAGCAAACAGUAACGUUUUAAUACUGACAGUCUACACUGUUUUACUUAGAUACAUUUCGGGGAGUAGCGGCCUCUGACUUCCACCUUCAAUUAAACACUCCUCCCCUCCCCUUCUCUCCCCUGCCCCCUUUUUUUGGUUGCUAAUGUAAUCAGUUUUUGUAAUGGUGUCGGCGAAUAAAGGGAUGCUUAUUACUCAGA